AUGGCUCCCAAAUCCCUCAUGGAGCUUGCCACCCUGGCAUGCAUCAAGAACAUCCGAGAGCUUGAAGGUGUCGGCUAUCUCCCUUAUGAUACCGUCCGUCCCAUCCUCCUCCGCAUCGACAAUGCGCAUCAGCUUCGCAGGAUCGAGGAAAACUCGCCCCAGGUCGAGGGGGAGACGGGCGAGGUCUGGCUGAAGAUCAUCGAGCGCGAGUUCCCCAUGGAGGUCAAGGCCAAGGCAUACAAACCCCAGAAUCCCAAGAGCUGGUUUCGCGUCUGGAAAAAGUACAAGAAGGACCACGAUAAUGCCCUCCAAGAGAGCGAGGCGAAACUCAUGAACGCCCUUGCUGGGCUCAGGCAGGACAAGGAGAAGAAUACCAGCAAAAUCGUCGACAGGAGACUGCUGCCAGGCCUGGCAGCCAAGAUUGGACCCAGGCGGCCAUGGGGCCAACGCGAUUCCUCCAGCAGCACCCUCACAUUCAACAAGGGCAGUCGCACAAAGACAAAGACGGGCGCGCAGACGAUGCGCAAGAUCCGACGCGAGACACAGGAGAUUUCCAACAUCCACCGCAAAUUGUCUAGGCCAACCGCUGCGUCCAACGCCAUCACAGCGCUCAGGAGGGCACCCGCCGCCAUGGUUAACGACGAACGGAGAGCUGCUCUACCCUCCUUGGUCAAAGCUCCCAAAGCCUCAGAGCCCUCUGAAGCAAUGCUGGCUCAUGAGCAGCGAGCUACCUUUAUAUCCGACUCUGAAUCGGAUCAGGGCGAUGAUCUAUUCGAUGAAGAUGAGGAGGAUGAGCCCGAACCCGUUCCUCGCAAGCCAGCUCCCAAAUCCUUUGCGAAGUCGUCCGCCGCGUCAUUGCUCAAGAGACCUAGCUCAUCAUCAGGUGUUCUCCGGACUUCGGCGACCCCAGCCAAGCGUUCUGGUAUCCUUUCAAACAGCUACAAAGGAUCCAAGCCGUCAACUACAACAUCCUCUGCACCAGCGCCUUCAAAGCCGCGAGCAGAGCCACCCAUGCCCUCACAGCGACCCCCUCGAACACAGAGUUCCCCUCCACCGAGUGCCGACCCUGGGCCGUCGUCUUCUCCUCCCGCCCGAGCACCCCUGCCCAUGCCUCGCAAGCGCAAGGCGGUGGAUGUAUUCAUGAAGCCAAAGAAGAGGACUUAA